CAUGUUCACAAUCGCCAUUUUUUUUCUGAAUUACCGGUGAUAAAAAGCAGAGCCAUCACAGUUUGUGCGUAGAUAGAAUGUUUACUAUUUCAAUUUGAUAACAGAACAAGAAAAAAUGGAAUCUGUUUCGAUGGAAUUUCAGGAUUUGAAUACCAAGUUGGAAUUACAUCCGGGUUUAAUACGCCUAAAUCUGAACAUAAUGAACGCUCUUGAUAUGCAUGUGAUCCAAGACGCAAAGCAAAAUAUUGAAAAACUUUUAAUUAAAGAACAUCCGAUUGUCGAAAACGUUCAGAAAAAUAUUAUUGCUAUACUCAAGACUAAAAUACCGAGAGAACGACGAGAAGCCAGAUUUGAUCUUGAAAAUAUAAGAAAGAAGUCCCCAGACAAUUUAAACGUACUAGCCGAUUUGGAGUGCAUUUAUACAGAGCUAGAUAGAAGUAAGGAUGCAGAGGUUUGCAAACAAAAAUAUCAGGAAAUUCUUUCGGGUACCUCCAAGAACAACAUACGUUGCAAGCAAAUAUGUUUGCUUGAACAAGGGUAUGCAAUUAUGAUAGAGCGAACACUAAUCAACCAAAGUACAGUGGAAUUAAGGAUAACAGAUUUACACAAAAUUCUUAGCACCGAACUUGAAAGAAGUCAGGGAAGGAGAAAAGAGUGUUUUGAAAGAGGACUUCAUCACCAAAUUCAAGUCUUACGUAAUGUCCGAAUUGCUAAUGAAGACGAGAUAGAAGACAGACAUCUUGUUCGAAAAGGAUCUAGUCUUCAAAAAUUUAAAUUAGCUGAGGCAUUAGAUGCAUCUUUUCCAAACAUGAUAUGGAAUUACUACUAUGCUAAGGCAUUAAACCAGUAUUAUGACUCUUUGGAAACUGUACUUAAACGUAAAGACAAUGGGAAAGAUACAAUUAACAAAUUAAACAGACAUAUUGGCGAAUCGGGGCAAGCUGUAAAAUUUGAAGAUGACUUAACAAAAGAAAUGAAAAAGGUUACAUUAAAAGCAAUUGAAAACUUUUGGAUGAUAUCUCAAAUUCAAAUUAACAAUACCAUAGUUAGAACAUUUGUUGCAAGGUCUUAUGCCUACAUCGGGCACAUUCUAAUGAAACGUGGUGAUAUGGUUCUGUCUUCCGGAAACUUGUUUGACUUAAAUACAAAUAAAAGCUUUAAACGUUAUACAAAUAAUCCAGUUGAGUCUGCAGAAAUGGCUUAUAGGCUUAAAAACAAUGAUGUAACUGUUUUGACGAGAUAUGGAAGGACUCUGUGAAAUAAAUCAAAGGGUGUUGAUGACAAAAGAGAAAAAUUAGGAUUACUUCACAUGGCAAAUGAUAUUCUAACACGUUCAAUCGAUGUAGAAAACACCGGAAAUUGGUUUGCCUUCUCAACUAGAAUGCAUGUUAAGAAAGAAAUAUCCGACAUCCGAGCUAAAAGAGAUAUCGAUAUAGCUAGAAAAUAUCUGUUGGAUGCCAAACAAGAUGGAGAAGCAAUUUUCAAAUCACAAAAUACACAAAAAGAUUUAACUAUUCUUGCAGAAAUUUGCCAGAAACUUGCAAAGUUUCCGUACACCUAUAAGUAUGGGCGAAAUUUUGUUCACACAGAUGGUCUUUUACAUCAAGCUUUAGACUAUCUGUUAUACGCGUCGUAUUUAGGAGAUCGACCUGAUUUUCACUUUGUUAACAGAAAGGCAGCAUGUCUCUUCGAUCUCGGUGAAUACGCUAAUGCCAUUGAAUGGGAGAAUAAAGCUUGGCUGCUUUCAUCACCUUCAACCCAGAUGUCGUUUAACUUACUUUGUAGUUAUAUGGUGACAAUGUUCGAAGAUGAUCUGCAGAUGCCCUUUGAUCAGCUUGUAAAAGAAUUUCUGUACGCUCUUAUAUAUGGUAAAAGAAAAUACAAGGAUAUACAGAGGAGCAUCGAAAAUCUGUAUAAGAAAAACCAAAAAGGACUUCUGAUAUUGCUCAAAGCAAUUAUCGUAGAACCGAAAACAACACUUCGAAAGACAGAAAAGGAUAUUCUUAGCGAAUGCAUAAAAAUUUGGACAAAUAUUGCAGAAACAGAAGAUUUAGUAGAAUAUUCAAAAUUAGAAACCAUUUUAAAAGAUAUGAUACCACGACAAGUAAAUGAGUAUGUCCUCUCAGAAACAUUUCAUCAAACAUCUUUGAAACCUCUAGCUGAGGGUAGAAAGGCAUGCUCCAGAGAGUUUGAGUAUGACUUUUUCAUAUCUCACAGUCAUAAAGACGAAGACUGGGUGACAAACAUUCUACUCAGACAUCUAGAGAGCCAGUUUGAUGAACAAGAUGUAGCGUUUAAAGAUGAGUUAUGUAGCAUGGUCUGAUAAUUGCUAUCUCAUCAGACUCAACAGAAAAGAACGACUUCUGUGAGAGCUAUCACUGGAACUUUACAAGUCGAGAGAAACUACAUGUAACUGUUGAUUAUGCCUUUGAUGGUGUAUGGCACUGCUGGUGUUGUAUAUAACCAGGUCGGGAUCGACUGACACAUAUAAAUUUUAAAUGCAAGCAUUUUAAUAAAAAUAGAUAUAAACAAAAAGAAUACAAAACAAAUUAAAAACAUUAAUAAAGUAAAAAAUAUAUUUUGAUUUUUUCUUUAAU